AUGGCGAAUAAAGGACCAAGCUAUGGUUCAUUGGCGGAACGAGAACGAACUAUGGCUGCUAAACGCAGCACUCCUUUGGAUGAUGAAGCUCAGCACUGGAUAGAAGCAAUUAUAGGAGAAAAAUUUCCCAGUGAAAAAGCUGCACUGGCGUAUGGUGUGUUGAGUUCUGAUUUAUUUCAAACAGUUGAUUUAUUUGAAAAACGCAAUAUUCCACAAGUGACAUUAGCCGUUCAUGCGCUUGGACGUGCUGCACAAAAGAAAGGAUUUAAAGGUCCAGUAUUAGGUGUGAAAGAAAGUGAAGCAAAUCAACGUGACUUUAGUGAAGAACAAUUACGUGCUGGCCAAGGAAUGAUUGGACUAUUGAAUGAUGGAAUGAAUAAAGGUGCAAAUCAAUCAGGACAAAAUAUGGGUUUAUCGAGACAUAUAUAA